UGAGGGACUAUUCCGCAUAAAUCUGUACAAUCCCCAAAUAAACCCAAAACCCCCUGUGUUCGCUGUUCGCCUCUCCCCUCGCCUCCCGCGCGCCGCCGCCUCAUAUCCCUCGUGACCUCGUCGCCGAUCACCGCCGUCUCUUCCCUCGACGGCGAGCACAUCCAAUCGGCAAAACCAGCUCGACGGACACCACUACCUCCGCCAGCUCAAUCCAUCAAACCCUAGACCAUGGCGUCGGAGGGCGAUGCGAGUGCCCUGGUGGCGGCGGCGGAGGGGAGGAAGCCCCGUCACAAGGGGAAGCACGACAAGCCGAAGCCGUGGGACGAUGACCCCAACAUUGACCACUGGAAGAUCGAGGAGUUCGACCCCUCCUGGAACGAGGGCGGCAUGCUCGAAGUCACCUCCUUCUCCACGCUCUUCCCCCAGUACCGAGAGAAGUACCUGCAGGAGGCGUGGCCGAUUGUGAAAGGCGCACUGAAGGAGUUUGGGGUCGCUUGCGAGCUCAAUCUGGUGGAGGGAUCUAUGACCGUUUCAACCACAAGGAAGACCAAGGAUCCCUACAUCAUCAUUAAGGCCAAUGAACUGAUAAAAUUGCUAUCGAGGAGUGUCCCUGCUCCUCAGGCAAUUAAAAUACUCAAUGAUGAGAUGAGCUGUGCUAUUAUUAAGAUUGGUAGUAUCAUACGGAACAAGGAAAGAUUUGUUAAAAGGAGAGGACGUCUUCUGGGGCCUAAUUUAUCUACUCUCAAGGCCAUAGAGAUUUUGACUGGCUGCUACAUCUUAGUUCAGGGAAACACUGCUGCUGCUAUGGGUUACUGGAAGGGAUUGAAACAAGUUGUGAGGGUUGUGGAGGACUGCAUAAAGAAUGUCAAGCAUCCUGUGUACCACAUCAAGGAACUCCUAAUUAAACGUGAGCUGGUCAAAAAUCCUGCGCUAGCCCAUGAAAGCUGGGACAAGUUUCUCCCGAAAUUUAAGAAGAAAAAUGUCAAGCAAAAGAAACCGUUAACCAAGGAGAAGAAACAAUACACACCCUUUCCACCUCCUCAGCAACCUAGCAAGAUUGACCUUGAACUUGAGAGUGGUGAGUGUUUCAUGAGUGACAAAAAGAAGUCAGCAAAGGAAUGGCAAGAGAAGCUGGAAAAGCAAUCGCAGAAAGCUGAAGAGAACAAAAGAAAGAGAGAAGCUGCAUUUGUUCAUCCAAAUGAGGACAUUGCAACUCCGUAUGAAUCUGCCAAGUCCAUCAUCAACAAUGGCGAAAUUGCUGAUAUGGCAAAGUCCUUAAAGAAGAAAGCAAAGGAAUUAAGAAAGAAUGAAGAACAGGAAAAUGUGAGACUCGAGUCUUAUGUUGCAAGUAAUGAAGGAUCACGCCCAAAAAAGAAGCACAAAUUGUCCAAGUAUUCGCAACCUGAAUGAACCAUAACCCCCUGUUAGUGCGAUAACUUUAUUCUAUUCGUAUCAUGCCCAUUAGCUUCUCAUUCGAAGUUUAGGAUGGCGACUGAAGUUGGAAAAACAAAAUUUGUGCCUUUUGGCUGUCUGCUGCUUGUAAAAGUAGCUCUGAUCUAUUAGAAGUAUAAUCUUGUUGUUUUA